CCGGAAGUGCCGGGCCGGGGGGAGGGGAAGGGGGUAGGACCGAAAGGGAUAAGGUUGACGUUGCGUGUUGAGGUUAGGGGGCGUUUCCAGGAUUUAGAUAACAGCUGUUGGGUCUUAAAGAAAAAUAUUUAGGCCUCAAAUGCCUAUUCAAUUUAUCAUGCUUACUUUAUUUCAUAAUAGGUGAGAAUUGGUUCUAAUUAAUUUACAAUCUGCACUUAUUUCUGUCUGGUCUGUUGGCCCAGUUCUUUUAUUUCAUUGUUUCUUUAUUUUGUCAAAAUUAUAAAUUACAGGCUUUGAAACGUGCAGUCGUUCGGAGGAGAAGGCCGAAAAUAUUUUCGUCAUCAGUCAAAGUAUCUGAAAACUUGAUCUCAACUCUUAAUAGUCUUAAAAGGUUACGCUACCCUUUAAAAUCAUGGCUCGAAGGUAUCAAGAAUUAUUUUUAAGCCUGCUGAUCGUAACACUUUUCUUCCUGUGGUACCUCAUCUCCCGCUUCGUAGAAAAAGCUUUCCCUGAAGCAGUCAUACAAGAUUAUUGGUUGUUGCGACUUUGUGUCAGUUCCAUUGGAUAUGGUUGCAUUCUCAUACCAGGCUUUGUUGCUUAUAAAUAUGUGAAUGCAACGGGCUAUUUAGACAGAACAGAUCUUGGAUGUUUUGGAAGGAUUGUGAAGCUGUGCCUUGGAGAACCAGAUCCUGAUUUAAUGAAAACUGCUGAGUCUUCAACUUCAUCUCUGGUUCAAACUCGAUCUUCCAGUAAGAAAGCUUUCCAGCUUUUAUACUGUUUUGUUGGGUUGCAAGUAUCAUAUUUGGUGUGGGGUGUACUCCAGGAAAAAAUAAUGACUCAGGAAUACCGCAAUUCAAGUGACGAAACUGCAAACUUCCGUGAUUCUGAGUUUCUGGUGUUUGUGAAUCGUGUGUUAGCAUUUGCAUUCUCCGGCAUACAUCUCAUCUUCACAAGGCAUCCUCGUCAUAAUUGUCCAUUAUAUAAAUAUAUCUAUUGUUCUUUGACAAACAUUCUGAGCUCUUGGUGUCAGUAUGAGGCCCUGAAAUUUGUAACUUUUCCUACUCAGGUACUUGUCAAAGCGUCAAAAAUAAUUCCUGUAAUGAUCAUGGGGAAAGUUGUUUCAAAGAAAAAGUUCGAGUAUUAUGAAUAUGUGACUGCAGUAAUGAUGUCUAUCGGAAUGGUUAUGUUUCUGUUAAACAACAAUGGAAGUGACAAGGGUGUGAAAGAGACAACAAUCUCUGGGGUUGUUCUACUGGCAAUGUACAUGUCAAUGGAUAGUUUCACAUCCAACUGGCAAAGCGAACUCUUCUCAGCAUACAGCAUGAGUUCCGUACAGAUGAUGUGUGGAGUCAAUCUGUUUUCUUGUCUUCUUACAGGUGUUUCCCUUUUCUCACAAGGAAUUCUGUUCAGAUCCUUUGAGUUCAUGACAAAAUUUCCAUCAUUUGGAAUGGAUUGCUUUCUGCUAUCCUUGUGCUCCGCCACUGGUCAACUUUUUAUUUUCCAUACUAUAUCUACAUUUGGACCAGUUGUAUUUGUUAUUAUAACUACUCUAAGACAGGUCCUAGCUAUUUUGCUUUCUUGCUUUAUCUACCAACACCACCUCUCAACUUUUGCUGUGUUUGGAGUUGCUGUUGUUUUCAUUGCUAUAUUUUUAAGAAUUUACUGCAACCAAAGACUCCGCAAUAUAAGGAAACAACAGCUGAGAAGCACUCAAGGAUAAUAUUCCUAUUGACAAAAUAUGUAUCCAAAGACUUGAUGUUCCUCUAUUUGGAGACCUGUCUUGUUAUUUAAUUGUAUUGUUCAGUCUUACUAGUGUUGUAUAUUUUCAGUCCUUUUUGGGAAUGUUUAGAUAUUUUUCUAAGUCUGUGAUACUUAAACCUAGUUUAAAAAAAAUGUUUUAAAAAUAUUACACGGAAUGUGCCUUUUAUUCCUUUUAAAUAUUGACGAUCGUUUGUCCAGUGAUGUCUUAGUAUGACAAAAUUCAAAUGUACUUAACUUAUCCAGAGGCUGCUUUGUAAGGCUCAAAAAGUAUUUACGUUUUUUUUUUUUUUUUACUUCUCCUAAGCCUUUCUGGUUCUAUUUUAGGGGUAAUGUGACAUUUUAGCUUCAUGAAUUGAAUGUGUCCUCUACAUAGGUGUCUUGUGGACAAAAUGGUUCAAUUCUUAGUGUGUGAGAUACUGCAAUGAAUCCAGAUGCUAAUUACAAUUCUGUGAUUGUUUUUCUCUUAGGAACUUAUCUCUUAAACAAUUAUUUAUUGUGGGAAUGUUAGAUUAAACAUGACAAUUUUUAAAGUGUGCUCUUGUCUGUUUUUUUUUUGUGUGGUUGUUUUUGUGGGGGAGAAAUAAAUUUUGAAAAUAUUUUU